AUGGGCAAUUCCUAAUAAAAAAAUGAUGAAAAAUUAAUUUCAACAGUCUGGCUUGGUGUGAAUGUAAUGAUUAUAAUUAUGUUGCAGAAUGAUUGGAAGGCAUUAAUGAAAGAUCGAUUGUCUCGUUUAGAAGAGGAGUGGGUGAUGAGUAUGAUCAAAUGCUUAGCUAAACAUUCUCCUCAGGAACAGAAUAGAUUUAGACAGAAGAUCAAAUAAGUUUUGAGUGAGACUAUGAAGGAAGACAGAAUGAAGCAGAUUGUGUAACAAUCAGAAGAGUUCUUAAAGAACAAUGAGUUUCUUAGAGAGGACACAGUCAUUCGCACAUCAUCAGGCGACCUAACAUUAUCAACUAGUUACAAUUCCUGUAUAUCUAAAUUCCAACAAUAUUUAGUUUCAAAAAUCAACGAGAAUCAAUCUAUAUCUUCGUAGAAAUAGGAGAUACAGGAUUACGAAACUCAGAAUGCUCAGGCUCAAAAGUUUUACUUAGUGUUUACGAUUAUAAACGAGAUGAUCAAAUCGAACCAACAUCCUUUUUUCUAUAUGAUUACAUAAUUUUAGGGAUGGGCCAAAGCAUACCUAAAUAAUCUUCAAUAAUCCAAUCAAAAUUUGUCGUAGUUGAAAGCUCAAGUUGCCAAAUUUGGUGUAACAACUAACUAAUUCCUGAGUUAUCUGAUUCAUGCCUUGAAUGAGUAUUUGGGUGACAUUUCAAGUGAUCAAAUUGAUAUUGCAUAGAAUAAGUAUCUAAAGGAUAAAGCAAAUUACUUUAAUUUUUUUCUGUCAGUGACUAUAAACGAAACCCUAACAAUCCAAUUGAUGGAAGUGUUGAAGAUACUGCAUAAAAAUAGUAUAGUAAAUUUGAUGGGAAAAAUGACACACUUAUCACUCAAACCUGACUUCUUUGACAUCCCAAAGAAGCAUAUGACUUAGACUAAGCCUUUUCAAGAAUAGAUUGAAUAUCUAUAAGCCAUCUAAUUCUCAAAGCAUCCAGCAGAAAAAUACUUUGUUUUAGCAAAGGGAUAUCAAUUACUAAGGGAAUGUCUUACGAAAAGUGCAUCUAGUUUUGUUUAGUUACAAGCUAUAAAUUAUGUACUUGUCCACUCAUAAAUCCAAAAUUUGCAUGCUCAUUUACAUUUACUCGAACUAUUUUAUCCCAGCUCACCAUUAUUACUAAAGUAUAAUUCGUCAUUGUAAUUUUUAUAAAAUAUUAUAAUAUGA